AUGCAUACAGAAUUAGCUACAAACGGGGUACUCGAACACCCGGUGUACGAGAAGAGUGACAAGUCGAUUCCACUCGACGAAGGGAUCGCAGCGAUCAAGCGGCACUACAGUCUGAUGAAGAGCAACUGGCCGGAUGUUGCCAAGUUCUGGAAGUCGUUCUGGAACAACUUAUAUCACAGUAAGGUGAUAUCGAAGAACGAAUGGCCCGUGCUCCGCGAACUAGCAAUCGAGACAAUCCAACGAUGCAUCCCAAACCCGAAGGCUGGCGCGAGACUUGUGCCAGAUCCGAACGACGAGAAGGCACUGAUGCGGGCAGAGAUGAGGGUAAACGUCGGAUAUGUCGACCGGCUUGACGCGCUGGAGAAUCGAGUCGAAAGGAGUGGGGCGAGAAGGAUGGAGGCAGAGAGGAUCAGGAGAGGAAACAAAGGCGAGGGUAGGUGUUUCAUGCCGAUACGGGCCACCAAUCGCGCUUCUGCAGCGCAAGACGCCAAAUCGAUGGCGCAGACGUCAACGUCAAAAAGAAUGCCAAAGGGGACUGGACGCUUUUCGAUGGAACGUCCUUCUGCUGGUCAUUCAACACGGCCAAAGGAUGUUCGGCGAGCCGUUGUGCAAAUGGAAAGCACGUAUGCACGGGAUGCCUAUCAGCCAGCCACAGUGCCCAAUCAUGCAAGCGCGGACAAAACUGACACGAAUGGAAGACAACCAGAGCCAGUGACCCCGCUACAGGCCAAGAAGUGGGAGGAAGCGCUUAAAUAUCUUGAUAUUUUGGAGGAGCAUGCGACGCUCAUAGAUGGACUUAAGAACGGCUUCAAUAUGCAGUGCCAGUUGGCAAUUGACGAAACACGAGUAUACCCACACCUGAGGUCAGCGGUCGAGCACCCCAAAGUGAUAGAAGAUCAUAUAGAAAAAGAGGUUGCAGCAAAUCGAUAUGACGGCCCACAUACACGCGAGGAAGUCGAGAAAAGGCUGGGCGCAUUUGUGGCAAACCCACUUGGAACGGUCGACAAGGCGAGUGGAAGGGAAAACGCGUAA